AUGCUUAAGCUUGUGUAUAAAGGGGAAGAGUUACUUGGGGAGGUAGAGGUAUACCCAGAAGAGUUGAACAACAAGAAAAUCUUGGAUGAGUUGAAGGACAUCAGAAUAAGCCAUUUUUCGCAAUCCAGUGAGAGGUGUCCACCUGUGGCUGUGCUUCACACCAUUAGCUCUAAUGGGGUUUGCUUCAAAAUGGAGUCAAAGUCUUCUUCUUCUUCUUCUGUUCAGGACACAUCGCCGCUCUUUCUUUUGCACUCUUCCUGUAUCAUGGAGAACAAGACUGCAGUUAUGGCCCUAGGAGGACUCUUUCGUUUAUGUGUGUGAAACGUCAGAGAAUACCGUGUGGCCCGGAAGAUAAUGGCGGAUUUGGAUGAUUUGCUCUUGGAGGCUGCAGGAAGAACAAGUUCAGGGUGGAAAAACCGGCACUCACAUCCAACUUCAAAGACGAGGCGUG